AUGCACGGGCCAAGCCCCGCUCGCCACUCGCCCCCUGAUGCCUCACGCGCACACGCUGCCCGCCUCGCCUUGCUCGUCUCCGCCGCGGCCUCGUCGUCUCCCUCGCCGCCAGCUGCUCCGCCCCGCGUAGACGACGCGCCGCGCCCGGCCACCACCCCACGUCCCGCCUCGCGCGCAUGCGCACGCUUGCCCGUGCCCGCGCUCACCGCGGCCCCCACACCGCCCCUGCUGCUGCUCCCCGUCGCCCCGAGCCUCCAGCGCCCUGCCGCGCUCCGUCGCCCACGGGUUGCUCGCCUGCUGCCGCCCAGCCGCUCACGUCGUAGCCUCCGCCCCUCUCGCCACGGCCUCGCGCGCCCGUCGUCCACCUCCGGCCGCCCUGCUGCAUGUCGACAGUCGCGGCCCUCCCCAUGCUCCGCCCGAUUGCAGCCGCCGGAGCUCCACGCCGGCGCGCUAGCGCCCGCGCCCGUCAGCCGCCCUACGGCGGCCAGUCGGGUGCGCCCCCCCGGGCCAGCGCCCGUUCGGGCUGUGCCCGUUAGCACCCGUGCCCGCUAUGGCCCGUGGGCCAAUGACACGAGGGGCCCACGCCCCUGA